CCCCACACACACCCUGCCCCUGGUCCCUCUGCUCUCUGCGUCUCUCUCUCUCUGCCCAGUCACCGUGCCUGCGUCCCGUCACACAUCCUCUCCACCUCUCGCACGCACGCGUAGCCCGCGUCCCGUGCGCACGUCCCGUUCCCGUUCCCUCAUAGACUAGAACCCGCAGCCAUGUCGUCCAAGGCUAUCCGCGAGUUCGAUGCCAAGCUGCUCGUCAACUACUGGCUGCCGCGCUCGCCGGCGGUGCACCCGUCGAUGGAGAUGAGCAGCUCCUUCGCCGCGCCGGCACCCAAGGUCGCCCAGGUCUCCUGGGACGCCGCCAGCAACACCAUCACCGCCGAGUCGAGCAUGCCCAGCUGGGUGCACAACACCAAGCUCGUCGCCAAGCCCGACCAGCUCAUCAAGCGCCGCGGCAAGGCCGGCCUGCUGAAGCUCAACUGCGACUGGGCCGAUGCGCAGGAGUGGAUCCAGGCGCGCGCCGGCAAGCCGCAAAAGGUCGAGGCUGUGACGGGCACGCUCAACAACUUCAUCGUUGAGCCCUUCUUCCCGCACCCGGCCGACACCGAGUUCUACGUGUGCAUCAACUCGGCGCGCGAGGGCGACUACAUCCUGUUCACGCACGAGGGCGGUGUCGACGUCGGCGACGUGGACGCCAAGGCGCUCAAGCUGCUCAUCCCCGCCGACCCCGAGGCGCCGUUCCCGCCGCGCAAGGAGUGGACGUCGACGCUGCUCGGCGGCGUCAAGGAUGAGGCGAAGAAGGAGCGCCUGACCGAGUUCCUCGUGCGCCUGUACAGCGUGUACGUCGACCUGCACUUUGCCUACCUCGAGAUCAACCCGCUCGUCUGCACCGACGACGGCACGAUCACCUACCUCGACAUGGCCGCCAAGCUCGACCAGACGGCCGACUUCAUCUGCGGCCCCAAGUGGGCCAUCGCGCGCGACCCGAGCGUGUUCAGCGACAAGGCCGUCGCCGGCAGCGCCAAGGGCGAGGACCGCGGCCCGCCGAUGGUCUGGCCCGCGCCGUUCGGCCGCGACCUGACCAAGGAGGAGGCCUACAUUGCCAAGCUCGACGCCGGCACUGGCGCCUCGCUCAAGCUCACCGUGCUCAACGCCACGGGCCGCAUCUGGACGAUGGUGGCCGGCGGCGGUGCCUCGGUGGUGUACUCCGACGCCAUUGCUGCGCACGGCUUCGCCCACGAGCUCGCCAACUACGGCGAGUACUCGGGCGCCCCGACGGAGGGCCAGACGUACGAGUACGCCAAGACGCUGCUCGACCUGAUGACGCGCGGCGACGUCAACAAGGAGGGCAAGCUGCUCAUCAUCGGCGGCGGCAUUGCCAACUUCACCAACGUCGCCUCGACGUUCAAGGGCAUCAUCCGCGCGCUCAAGGAGUACAAGCAGGCGCUGGCCACGCACGGCGUGCGCAUCUUUGUGCGCCGCGGCGGCCCCAACUACCAGGAGGGCCUGCGCGCCAUGCGCUUCCUCGGCGAGGACCUGGGCGUCGAGAUCCAGGUGUUCGGCCCCGAGACGCACAUCACCGACAUUGUGCCGCUCGCGCUCGGCAUCAAGAGCAAGAAGGACAUUGAGGUCGCGCAGGCCUCGGCCGCGCCCUCGGGCGCCGCCACGCCGGCGCGCGGCGCACAGGCCAACGGCGCCGAGCCGUCGAAGCCCGUCGGCUCCGUCGACCCCGUGACCGGCGCACGCACGCAGCCGCAGGACCAGAUCGUGCAGUUCGACCCCGUCACGGGCAAGGGCUCGCGCCCCGAGCACCUGCCGUUCGACGAGCACACGCGCUCGCUCGUGUACGGCCUGCAGCCGCGUGCCAUCCAGGGCAUGCUCGACUUUGACUUCUCGUGCGGCCGCAAGACGCCCUCGGUCGCCGCCAUGAUCUACCCCUUCGGCGGCCACCACAUCCAGAAGUUCUACUGGGGCACCAAGGAGGUGCUGCUGCCCGUCUACACGAGCGUCGCCGAGGCCGUCAAGAAGCACCCCGACGCGGACGUCGUCGUCAACUUUGCCUCGUCGCGCUCCGUGUACCAGUCGUCGCUCGAGAUUCUGCAGCUGCCGCAGAUCCGCGCGCUGGCCCUCAUCGCCGAGGGUGUGCCGGAGCGCCACGCGCGCGAGAUCCUGCACCGCGCCAAGAAGGCCGGCGUGCUCGUCAUCGGCCCGGCGACCGUCGGCGGCAUCAAGCCGGGCUGCUUCCGCAUCGGCAACUCGGGCGGCAUGAUGGACAACAUCAUCUCCUCGAAGCUCUACCGCCCCGGAAGCGUCGGCUACGUGAGCAAGUCGGGCGGCAUGUCCAACGAGCUCAACAACAUCCUCAGCCUCGUGACCAACGGCACGUACGAGGGCAUUGCCAUCGGCGGCGACCGCUACCCCGCGACGACGUUCAUCGACCACCUGCUGCGCUACGAGAAGGACCCCAACUGCAAGAUGCUCGUCCUCCUCGGCGAGGUCGGCGGCGUGGAGGAGUACCGCGUCAUCGACGCCGUCAAGCAGGGCAUCAUCAAGAAGCCCGUCGUGGCGUGGGCGAUUGGCACGUGCGCCAAGAUGUUCACGACCGAGGUGCAGUUCGGCCACGCCGGCUCGAUGGCCAACUCGGACCUCGAGACGGCCUCGGCGAAGAACGCGGCCAUGAAGGAGGCUGGCUUCAUCGUGCCCGACACGUUCGAGGACCUGCCCGUCGUGCUGCGCCAGACGUACGAGAAGCUCGUGUCCAACGGCACGAUCAACGUGCGCCCCGAGGUGCCGCCGCCGGCGAUCCCGAUCGACUACAAGUGGGCGCAGGAGCUCGGCAUGGUGCGCAAGCCUGCCGCCUUCAUCUCGACGAUCUCCGACGAGCGCGGCGCCGAGCUCAUGUACUCGGGCGUCAAGAUCAGCGAGGUCUUCGAGUCCGAGAUGGGCAUUGGCGGCGUCAUUUCGCUGCUGUGGUUCAAGCGCCGCCUGCCGGCGCACUGCACCAAGUUCAUCGAGAUGGCCCUCAUGCUCACCGCCGAUCACGGCCCGGCCGUGUCGGGCGCGAUGAACACCAUCAUCACGUCGCGCGCCGGCAAGGACCUCGUCUCGUCGCUCGUCUCGGGCCUGCUCACCAUCGGCGACCGCUUCGGCGGCGCGCUCGACGACGCGGCCAAGGAGUUCAGCGGCGCCUACGACUCGGGCCUGACGCCGCGCGAGUUCGUCGACAAGAUGCGCAAGGCGCAGCGCCUCAUUCCGGGCAUUGGCCACAAGAUCAAGUCGACGUCGAACCCCGACUACCGUGUCGAGGUGGUCAAGGAGUUUGUCAAGAAGCACUUCCCCUCGUCGCGCAUGCUCGACUACGCCCUCGCCGUCGAGCGCGUCACGACGGCCAAGAAGGACACGCUCAUCCUCAACGUCGACGGCUGCCUGGCCGUGUGCUUCGUCGACCUGCUGCGCGACUCGGGCGCCUUCACCGACGAGGAGGCCAACGAGCAGCUCAACAUUGGCUUCCUCAACGGAGUCUUUGUGCUCGGCCGCAGCAUCGGCUUCAUCGGCCACCACCUCGACCAGAAGCGCCUGCGCGCCCCGCUCUACCGCCACCCCGCAGACGACUUCAUGAUCUCGAUGCAGACGCCCGAGCGCAUCGUCGGCAACCUCAAGAAGUAAGCGCGCCUGCGCCUUUGCUGCCGGCCUGCCCUGCCCGUGCGCUGCGUGCGCCUAGAGACCUCGUCAUCCAUCCUGCUCCCGUCUUUGGCGCUCUGCGCCACCCCCUGUCCUUGACUGCCGUGUACAUGUUCCCGUCCCACACCCCUCGGUGCGCGCCCCCCCCCCACGAGCCUCAGUGCCAGGGCCGCUGCAGUAACGAUCACCUUUUGCUCCA